UCUCCCGUACAAACUUUCCUUUUCCCUCCCUCCACAACACACUCCCAGGCUCACUGGCGUUUUGCACAUGCCUAGGCUAGCCAGCAGGUGGGAUGUCAGAUGUCUCCUCUUCUAGGAAGCAUCCACUGAUCUACAACUUUUUACAAACCUCAAUUCCCAUGGUUCCUUGUGAGCGUGAGCUUGGCUAAGGGUCAGCCAGGCAGCCCUGGCAACGCAUUUCCAAAUGACAGGGUCAAUGGAGCAGGGACAGCUGCAGAUAAACUUUGGAGCUGUUGGAAGCCAAGGGGAGAUUCUGGGCUCACUGUUAUCACAGCAGUUGUCAUGUUUUAGCCCCAGCCAGCAACUAAACACAGUCUGGUGGGAUGGGGUAGAGAAUCAGAGGACUAAAAGUGAAAACCCUCCUGGGUUGAGAUAAAGAUAGUUUAAUAGGCAAAGAAAAAGCUGCACAUGCAAGCAAAGCAAAACAAGGAACUCAUUCAUGACUUCCCAUCAGCAGGCAGGUGCUCAGCCAUCUCCAUGAAAGCAGGGCUCCAUUAUGUGAAUGGUUACUUGGGAAAACAAACACCAUGGCUCUAAACAUUCCCUCCUCUCUUUCUUCUUUCUGCAGCUUUAAAUGCUGAGCAUGACAUCAUGUGGUCCAUAUCCCCUCACACAGUCAGGCUCAGCUGCCCUGGCUGUGUUCCUCGCAGCAGCUUGUGCAUCCCCAGCCUGCUUGCUGAUGGAGUGGGAUGGGAUGAGAAGCAGAAAAGGCCUGGACUUUGUGUAAGGGCUGCCUGGCAGUAAGGAAAACAUCCCAAUAUCUAUCAACACUGUUUCCAGCACAAAUCCACUACUUAGCCCUGUGCUAGCUAUUAUAAAGAAAAUUAACUCUACCAGAGCCAAACCUGCACAGCAGAGCUGUGGGAAAAAGAUAGGAUUUUUCCAUCAGCGCUGCAUGUUGGAUGCCUUGAACUUGCAUUGCUCCUGGCAAGCUGCCUCUUGGACCCACUCUAUGCAUGCUCUGUGCAUCACACUGAGAAAUAGAAACCAGUAUGUCCCGGUGCCACAGUUUCUCUGUGAAAUGUGGAAGUGCUUCCAAAACCAACAGUAACAUGCAUAGGCUGUGAGUAGGUAAAUAUUUGGAGCACAUUAGUGAAGAAAUAGUGUAUAUUAGUAUCUUAGAGAGGGAAAUCAAUGCAUGUAUGGUAAGGAAUCAGUUAAUUUUACAAUAACUGGGCUAUGUGGCUUGUGACAAGCCCUUAAGGAAUCAGCCUAAUUUUUAUAGAAAGUCUCCACAUACAGUAUGCUUCAGUUCAGGAAUGUAAACCCAAAUGCAUCUCUAAGAACAAGCACUGAGCACGCACUGCAGAUGGAGGAGAGGAUUAAAAGCAAAGGUGCAUUUCAUCCUUGUCUGGGGCUGAAUGAAGGAGGAUGAGACAGCUGGGGCUGGGUUAUCCCCUGGUCAUAGGGUCAGGGGCACAGGGAGCCAUUCGCUGAUGCAGGUGGGUUUAACUCUUGACAGCUUUGAUCAGGAGCAUCCUGGUUUGCACCCGAGGUGGCAGGCUGGGCACUACACACAUGUUUCGGCCACUCUGGAAUGCCCGUCACAGCCCCCUUUCACUGCCAUGCUACCCAAGCCUGGAUGUGAAAGCAAACAGAUCUGCACUACCCCUUCAUCUGAAGCCUUUUCCCUGAGGAAAGGGUAAGGCACUCUGAGGUCUGGUCUGAGAUCUGAGAAGGAUGCUUAUUCUUUGGAGAAAAAUGUGGGGAAAAUGUCUAUCCCAAUGAACACAUAUCACUCAGAGCUGUUCUCCCCCAAACAACAAUCACAUGUAUAUAGAAUUAAGGGAAAAGGACCAUAUAUAUGCAAACAUUUGUUUUUCAAAGAUGAAUAGCUGUCUGUUGUUUAAUUCCAGGAAAAUGAGAAAAAAAAUAACAAAAAAAUGUUGUGCUCUGCACAUGUUAUCUUGACAGGGUACAACUCCUGACCUCCCCCUCCAGUUACCUCCCACCACUAUAUCUGGUCACAGCUGGCUUCAAAAAGAUCCUCCCUUCAAGAGUGAGAAAGUUCAGUUUCAUCUUCCCUUGAGCCAGUCAGUGUAGAGCUCUAGCUGGCAAGGAAACACACGCUGACAAAGGCUGUUCACCAGAAGAACUGGGAAUGGCCUCCGCAUGUGUCGUGACAAUCCAGCCGCAGCAAGGCAUGGCUGUGCCUGCCACCUCAAGAGGCUCAUGGCAGACAGGGCUGAUGGACUGCUGCAGCGACUGUAGUGUCUGCUGCUGUGGGAUGUUCUGCUUCCCCUGCCUUUGUUGCCAAGUGGCUUUGGACAUGGACGAAUGUUGCCUGUGUGGGAACAGCGUGGCCAUGAGGACCCUCUACCGCACCAGAUACAACAUCCCGGGGUCCAUUUGCUCUGACUUCUGCAUCACCAUGUGGUGCUCUGUGUGUUCCGUUUGCCAAAUUAAAAGAGACAUCAACCGGAGGAGGAUGAUGGGCAUACUCUGGUAAGAUGAGCAUGCUGGAACUGGUUUAUAAAGCUGCUGCCACAUGCAGCCAAGUGGCUUCCUGCAGUCUAACCUUCUGUGGAUGCCUGACAAAAGACACAGCGUUGCUGCAGUGAGAAAAUAGAAAUGGGUGGGUGACAGGAGUGACAUGUCGUGCAGCAAAAUGUUGCUGGUAACCUCACACAGGUCAAAGGGGGUGGAACUAGGGGACACAUGAAGUGUGGUGAGGCACAGCCCCAGUCCCUGAUCCUCCUCUCCUGUCCUGUUGCAGAUGCUGCUCUUCACUGUGCCCUGUGGACCUGCUGUAGGCAGGAGUUGCCUGCUGCCCUGGCUAUUGGAAAAAGCACCACAGGGGAUUUGCCUUGGUUGUGGCUGAGUCCCCCUUCCCUGAGUUACUCCAGCAAUAAACAGAAGAGUUUGCUUUUCUACCUCUGUGUGCAUGUGUCACCCUUUGCAGCCCCUGAAAGCACCCAUCCUCCUCUGUUGCAAGUUAAGAGUUUUUUGAUAAAACUCGUAUUCAGUUCCAUGAUAAAGUCUGCUUCACUCACCUUCUGAGCAUCCUGCUGACCGCUGCCAGAUGACAGUUUGCUCUGAAGUCUGUAUUUGAGGUUUCACAAAGUAGAUUCUUGCUCAUCAAGUUUUAUAAAAUAAAUAAUUUAAUGGAAAGAUACGGCAGCAUGUUCAGCUCCAGGGAGAGAGACUGAUGUGAAAAAAGAUAUCCAUGGGCAUUUAUACCUUCACAGACUAUUUACCUACACCAGAGAUGCACCAAAGUCUGGAAGG